UGUUGUGGAGGGACGUCUCUGAGGACAGCGGUGAGGUGGAGGAGGAGGAAGGAUCAGCACCCAGCAGACGGAGACGACAGCAGCUGGAGAAGAGGAUGGCAGCAGCGGGAGACGUGGACCUGCAGGACGUCCUGAUGAGACACCGUGAUGAAGCUCCGAGGAUGAAGAGCAACAUGAUCAGAGUCUUCCUCAGCUCCACGUUCUCAGAUAUGAGCAGCGAGAGGAAGAUCCUGCUGGAGAAGGCGUACCCAGAAGUCCAGUCCUUCUGCYGCGGUCUGGGUCUGGUCUUUGAGGUGGUGGACCUGCGCUGGGGGCUUCGAAGCGUCUCGUUUGGAGACCACGAGGACUGGGAGGUCUCCCUGCACGAGAUCCGGACCUGUCAGAGGGUUUCAGCUGGACCGGCCUUCGUCGGCCUCCUGGGGAACCGGUACGGCUCCAGGGAUCUUCCUCGUCUCGUCCCGGAGGGACAGUUUGAGAUUCUUCUGUCCAAACUGUCCAAAAACCCCGAAGGACUCAAGCAGCUGCAGCGCUGGUUCCUGAAGGACCACAACGCUGUCCCGCCCACCUACRUCCUCCAGCCAAUCACAGCUCACUUCCCCCACUUCUGUGACCUUCGACCUGAGGACAAAACGCUGCAGGACAACAGCCGUCUGUCCUGGCRUCUCACAGAGACUCAGCUGACACAGCUUCUUCGCUCCGCAGCUGCUGACGCCGAGGAGGACGGAGACAUGACCUCUGAGGAGACACGAGUCUUCUACACAUCAGUCACAGAGAAGGAGUUUGAGGACGGUUUGUGGACGGGGGACUGCGAGUCGCCUCUACUCUUCAUCCGAGAGAGUCCCCGGCAGAAGAUUAGGGAUGGACCCAAACGUCUCACCAGGUUAAUGGACACGACGUUUGAUGGUCUUCUGGACGCUGAGGCCCAGGAGCUUCUGUCCAAGCUGAAGACCCGGGUCUCUGAGGGGUCUCGGGUCCUGAGCCUGCACUGUGUGGACCUGAGCAGAGGGAACGUGGACCCGAAGCGGCGGGAGCACGCUCAGUACCUGGACAGACUCUGUCAGCAGUUUGUCUCACAGAUCAAAGAGCAGAUCCAGGCUGUGAUUGGUCCAUUGGAGGGGAAGAGGAAGAUCAGAGGAAGAGGUGAGGAAGAGGAGGAGCAGGUGGUUGAAGAGGCGAGGCAGCACGCCAUCAUGAGCGCCCACCGGAGUCGAGGGUUCCACGGCAGAGAGGGACUCCUGGGUAGGAUCUGCCUGGCCAUGUGGGAGUCCACCGCAGGCCGCCACGGUCCGGUGGUGGUCCACGGCGCCGCGGGGAUGGGAAAGACCGCCCUGCUCUGUAAACUGGUGCAGGAGAUGCAGGGGGUCCUGGAGUCCAGGGCAGUGCCGGUGAUCAGGCUGCUGGCGGCUCGUCAUCCUCAGAGACCAGACAUUGACGAUGUCCUUCGCAGCGUCUGCCUGCAGAUCUGUCUGGCACGUGGUCUGGCUCCGCCCCCUUCUCUGAUGGAUCACCUGGAGCUGCUGCGGUUCUUCAGGAACCUGCUGGAGGACGUCUCUGGGCAGGACACCACUCUGCUCAUCGUCCUGGACUCUCUGGACCAGCUCUCAGACCGACAUCAGGCCCACAGUCUGCGCUGGCUGCCGGCCGACGUCCCCCCCAAYGUCCACCUGCUGGUAUCCAUGGAGACCAGCAGCGAGGCGUUGGCCAACAUGAGGCUGAAGCUGGGCUCCAUGCAGGGCUGCUUCGAGGUGGACCGUUUKUCCCGUCAGGAAGGUGAGGACAUCAUGGCGUCGUACCUGCAAGCRUCUCAGAGGACUUUAACCUCCGAGCAGAAAGAGGCCGUGCUGCAGAGCUUCCUGUCCACCGGAAGUCCCGCCCACCUGAAACUCAUCCUGUCUGUCGCCAAACGCUGGAGCUCCUUCACCCCGCCCACCCAGCUGCUGCUGGGCGCCAGCGCACAGGAAGUGACAUCGCAGCUCCUGCUGAGGCUGGAGGCUAAACAUGGGAGGGAGCUGGUGGGCGGAGCUCUGGGUUACAUMGCUUUAGCCAGGGAAGGCCUGCUGGAGGUGGAGCUACGUGAUGUCCUGUCCCUGGAUGAUGAUGUCAUCAGCGAGGUSUACAGAUACUCCCUCCCUCCAAUCCCCUCCCUGAUACGGCUGCCCCCCAUCCUGUGGGCCCGGCUCAGACGGGACCUCCAGGACCAGCUGGAGGAACGCUGGACUUAUGGAGUCGCUACCCUCACCUUCAGCAGCCGGAUCUUCUCUGAGGCAGUCUCCACCCACUACCUGACCUCAGAGCGCCGGGGGCGGAGUCACAGGAUCCUGGCUGAGUACUUCUCAGGUCGGUGGUCUGGGAAACUGAAGCCAGCAUCUCUACCAGGUCUGACUCUGCUGCUGUCUGACAGAAAGGCCCCGCCCCAGCCGUUGUGGCUUGCUCCCGGAUUGGCUAACAUCAGGAAGCUCCAGGAGCUGACCUAUCACCUGCUGCAUGCCGGCCUGUGGGAGGAGCUACGACAGGAAGUUAUAGGCAAUGCUGAGUGGUUGUACUGUCAGGCCCAGGUCCUUGGGGUUUCCAGUGUGAUCUACGAUCUGGACCGGUGUUCCAAGUACAUGGACUGCUUUGAAACUGGACUGAUCCAGGACACUCUGGUUCUGAUGAAGCCCAGCCUGGACUUCCUGCAUGGUCACAUGGACGAGUCUGUGUUUUACUCGGAGCUGCUGGCCCGCCUGUCCUCUCUGUCCUCCUCCUGUCCCGCUGUCAUUCGUCAGCUGUGCAGCCAGUGUGAGAACCAGCUCCAGACCAGUCCAGAACCGGUUCUGAUCCCAAAGAACAGCUUCCUGCAGCAGCCAGGGGGSGCCCUACAGCACACGCUGUCUGCUCCGCAUGGAGGUCUGGUUUGUGUGGAUGUCAGCGCUGUAGUCCAGCUGCUGGUUUCAGGUUCUGAUGAUGGCGUGGUGGCGGUCUGGAGCCUCGUGGACCAUCAGCUCCUGCACACUCUGCUGGGACAUACAGCUUUGAUUUUCUCUGUGAAGAUCAAUGAAAGCUCCUCCCACUGCCUCUCAUUGGCUGCUGAUGGCUCUCUGAGGAGGUGGAGCCUAACAAGUGGCCAACAGUUGCUCUGCGUCCUGGAGGCAGUGUCUAUUAACUCAGCCCCCUCAGCUGUUCACCUGAUUGAGUCAGAGCAGGUGAUGGUGGUUCACACUUGGACACAGGUGAAGGUUUGGAGUCUGGAUGGGACUGAGAUCCCAGACAGCGGUGAGGAGUCCUCAGUGGUCCUGGGAGUUCUGGGGGACUCUGUGGUGUCCCUUUGGGACUCUGUUCAAGUCAGAAUCUGUGACCUGGUGAACAGAAACCAAAGUGUGGAGAUUCAGCUGGAGGAACCGGCAAAGAAUCUGAGUCCACUGAGCUCUGUGACAUUACCCAAACAUGACAAAGUGUUGGUGGUGUCAGAGGAGGGGUUCAUCCACCAGAUCUCCAGGUCAGGUAAACAAACGAUGGCAGUGUUUCCUUUGUGUCCAUCUUUGUUUUCUGUUACUGAAGAUGAAACCGUCCUGCUGGCAGGCAGCGAGCGGACUCUGAGCCUAUUCCACAUCAACACGGAUUCUGUGGACGGGUUCCUUGACCUGCAGCAUGAGGACGUGGUUCUGUCUGCCUGUGUGUCUUCAGACGGUAAACGUCUGGUCUCUGGAGCAGCAGACCAGCUGGUCCGGAUCUGGUCCCUGACCACCGGAGCCCUGCUGGACUCCCUGUGUGGGUGCAACGCUCCAGUGACCUCGGUCUUCUUCUACCAGCAGCUGGUGAUCUCAGCCUCGACUGCUGAGGCUUCCAUCCAGCUGUGGAACCUGGACUACGACACCAGCCACAAACCCACRGCCCGCAUCCCAGCUGGCUCCGCCCACACCGCCAUCACCAGAGACGGAGAUCAAGUCUUCUACGUCCAGCAGCAGAGCCAGAGGGAGGUCCUCAGCUGGAGCAGCACCACGGGUUCUGUGUCGGACCGUUUGGCGGUCUCAGCGGAGGUCUCCUGCCUGGAAUUGGCACAGCACAAACGUCUGCUGCUCUGUGGUCUGACCAGCGGGACCGUCCUCAUCUACCCCCUGAACCUCCCCCAAGAGACCCUGUGCAUCCCGCCCCCCGAGAGCCGGUCCCGGGUCCUGUGCCUGGCGGUCAGCUCUGAGGAGAGGCACCUGGCGGUGGCCUACGAGGACUCGGUGUGUCUGUUCGAGAUGACCACCAGAGACAGCUUCCCCACGGUGGAGGGACCCCUGAGGAGGACCGCGCUGUCUCUCCUCCAUGCCCCCCUGUCCUCCAUGGCCCUGCUGCCAGACCGCCGGCUCCUGUACGGGACCGUCUGCGGGGCGGUGCAGCUGCAGGACUUGGUCAGCGGGGAGGGGUCUGAGCUGCAGCCUCACUGCAGCAGAGUCUCCUGCGUGACAGCCAGCAACUGGGGGGCUCACGCCCUGGUGGGGUCUGAGGACGCCGUGCAGAGAGUGUGGUCCCUGAACCCACUGGUCCUGGMCCACACCAUGGAGUACAAGUGUCUGUUCUUCGAGGGGGUCCUCUGCGCUGCCUUCUCCGACAGCGACCAGUUCGUCUUCACCGGAUCUUUAGACAGGACCAUCAGAGUCUGGGACGUGGACUCCGGGAAGCUGCUGUUCGUUCAGUUCGUCUACUCUCCGGUGGUCCGGAUGCUGCCCUUCAGGAAUGGUUUUGUGGGUCUGUCCCGGCUGGGUUCUGUCAUCAGGGAGACCUUCCGCUGUCCGAACCACAUCAGUCCGGACUACAACCCUCUGAGAAACGUCAAGGCCCAGUACCGGGUCACCUCCAGGGCCAAGGACCGGGACGGACAGCAGACCUGCGUGUCGGACCUGCGGGACUUCAACCCGGCCCAGUUCAACCUGAACCUGAUGAGUCCAUUCAGAACCAAGUCGUCCUCCUCGUGUGUUCUGCUGUAGAACAUCAGAACCCUGUCAAAUAAAAACCUUUAUUAUAUUUUAAGCUUUACAGAAAGUUACCAAAAAGAUUUAGAAUAAAAUCAGUCUGAAAUUUAUUGUUGACUAAUAAAAUCUGUUAAUAA